AUGUGCCCGUCCGUGUACUGUCUGGACAAGAUGUGCCCGUCCGAGAACUGUCUGGACCAGAUGUGCCCGUCCGUGAACUGUCUGGACGAGAUGUGCCCGUCCGAGAACUGUCUGGACGAGAUGUGCCCGUCUGAGAACUAUCUGGACCAGAUGUGCCCGUCCGUGAACUGUCUGGACGAGAUGUGCCCGUCCGUGAACUGUCUGGAAAAGAUGUGCCCGUCCGUGAACUGUCUGGACGAGAUGUACCCGUCCGUGAACUGUCUGGACGAGAUGUGCCCAUCCGUGAACUGUCUGGACGAGAUGCACCCGUCCGUGAACUGUCUGGACCAGAUGUGCCCGUCCGUGAACUGUCUGGAAAAGAUGUGCCCGUCCGAGAACUGUCUGGACCAGAUGUGCCCGUCCGUGAACUGUCUGGACGAGAUGUGCCCGUCCGUGAACUGUCCAGCAGUGGGAUGA